UCCUCCCUGAACAACAUGAGCUUCAGCACACGCUCCAGCUUCUCCAUGAACUACCGGUCCCUGGGCUCCGUGCAGUCACCCAGCUCGGGUCGGCCGACCAGCAGCGUGGCCAGCAUUGAUGCAGGCGCCGGGGGCUCGGGGUCCCGGAUCUCCGUGUCCCGCUCCACCAGCUUGCGGGGCACCUGGGGAUCCGGGGCGGCCGGGGGUCUGGUGGGCAUAGGGGGCAUCCAGAGCGAGAAGGAGACUAUGCAAUGCCUGAAUGACUGUCUGGCCUCCUACCUGGAGAUGGUGAGAAGCCUGGAGGCUGAUAAUCGGAGACUGGACAUCAAAAUCCGGGAACACUUAGAGAAGAAGGGACCCCAGGUCAGAGACUGGAGGCAUUAUUUCAAGACCAUCAAGGACCUGAGGGCUCAGAUCUUUGCAAACUCUGUGGACAAUGCCUGCAUCGUUCUACAGAUUGACAAUGCCCUUCUUGCUGCUGAAGACUUCAGAGUCAAGUAUGAGACGGAGCUGGCCAUGCGCCAGUCUGUGGAGAAUGACAUCAAUGGGCUCCGAAAGGUCAUUGAUGACACCAAUAUCACUCGGCUGCAGCUGGAGACAGAGAUAGAGACUCUCAAGGAGGAACUGAUCUUCAUGAAGAAGAACCAUGAGGAGGAAGUGAAUGGUCUACAACACCAGAUUGCCAAUUCUGGGUUGACCGUGGAGUUGGAUGCCCCCAAAUCUCAGGACCUCGGCAAAAUUGUUACAGAACAAACAGGGGAGGCCUGGGACGAUAUACUGUUAUUGAAAGAAGCCCCAGAAAUCCGGGCCCAGUACGAUGAGCUGGCUCGGAAGAACUGAGAGGAGCUGGACAAGUACUGGUCCCAUCAGACUGAAGAGAGCACCACAGUGGUCACUUCACAGACCGCUGAGAAAGGCGCUGCUGAGCAGACACUCACAGAGCUGAGACGUGUGGUCCAGUCGAUGGAGAUCGACCUGGACUCAAUGAGGAAUCUGGAGGUCAGUUUGGAGAACAGCCUGAGGGAGGUGGGGAUGCGCUAUGCCAUGCAGAUGGAACAACUCAAUGGGAUCCUGCUGCACCUGGAGUCAGAGCUGGCCCAGACCCGGGCAGAAGGGCAGCGCCAGGCCCAGGAGUAUGAGGCCCUGCUGAACAUCAAGGUCAAGCUGGAGGCUGAAAUUGCCACCUACCGCAGCCUACUGGAAGAAGGGGAGGACUUUAAUCUUGUCCAUGCCCUGGAUAAGAGCCUCUCACAAACCAUCCAAAAGACCACGACCCACAGGAUUGUGGAUGUCAAAGUGGUGUCUGAGGUCAAUGACACCAAAGUUCUGAGGCAUUGAAGGCAGAAGAAGUGGGGCACCCCUUGGCAGGGCAGGAGGCCAAUAAAAAGUUCAUUGAAAGAUU